AUGGUUAUUCGUCCUUCGAUUGAAAAGUGGUCAAGGCAAGAGUUAGAAGAUCGUUAUCAUGUUCUUUAUCAAGAGAAUCAUAGCUUAAAACGAAAUUACAAUGAAUUGGAAACCAAACUAAAACAGUCAAACGCAAAGAUAAAACGUAUGAUCGUUUAUGGGAAAGACUGCAACGAUGAUUUAAAUUAUGCUGAAUUAAUUAAAGAAAAUCGAUUACUCACUAAUAAAUUGAAAAAUUUGAAACAACAAAUCUUAAACUAUGCUAGACCUGGAACAUCAGUACAAUGCUCACUUUCUUCACAGGCUCGUUCGCCUGUACAACGACCACAAUCAGCUUUACCACAAAGGCCUUAUCUUCCACGGCAUACUACCAGUAAUUCUUCAACACAAUUUGCCAACGUUCAGCAAAGACCAGCAACAGAUGUGCCAAAAAUUUCCGAUAGGAAAUCAGUACUUUUGGAUAAAACGCUUUUCGUCAAAUUAAACAGAGAAUUGAAACAAAAAGAUGACGAAUGCGCUUUAUUAACAUGCAAAUUAAAUAAUGUCCAACAGCAAUUGGAAAAGCUUAAAAAUGAAUAUGAUCAAGUGCUUGAGCAACUUCAAAGUAAGCAAUAUGAAGGAUUUAAAUUACAACGACAAUUUGAUGAAACAACAACGAUCGAUACAAUGGAUGCAAAACAAUUGAAAAAUGUUUAUAUUUUAAAAAAAGAAAUGGAAAUGAUACAAGAAGAGAAUAAAAUGUUGCAUGAAGCAAAUGAGAAACUUAUACAAAAUUCAUUAACAAUUGAACGAUUGACAACGGAAGAGGGUAAGUAUCGAGGAGCGAUCGAUGAUCAACGUGUAUUGGAGAUGGAGAAGCAAUUGAACGAAUUAUUUGCAAAAUAUUCUCAAUUAAAGCAAAAUUAUCGAAAUUUAAUGCAAACAAAAUUGGAAUUAGAAGAACGAUUGAGUCAUCAAAGUGCUCAAAUAAUUAAGGAAAAAACUGUCAUCGAUGGGAUUGCCGAACGAAAAAAUGAAUUUGAGAAAAGAAAGAUGGAAUUUUCUGAAGGAAAUGAAAAAUUUAAUAAAACAGACUUCAGUCUUGUAAAAAUAUAUGAAGACUUGACACGAAUUAUUGAGGCGCAUAUUGUCGAGAGGUCAUCAGAUGACGAUGAUGAUAAUGGAACAACAACAGAACGGGAAGAACACAUCGAUAAAUGGCGAAUGAUGUAUAUGGAAAUUUAUGGUGAACUUGAAAAGGUACGAAAUAUGCUACUCAUUCAACAUAAUAUCAAUGAACAGCAUCUUCAAGAGAUAGCUUUACUGAAUCAAAAUUUGCAACAAACAAAAGCACAUUCAGAAUGCAAAAUGAAAGAUUUGGUAAUGAAAUUAACUGAACGUGAAGCUGAAAUUACAAACUUAGAAAUGCGAUUGAAAAUGUUAGCAUAUGACGAUCAGAUGAUUAUUCCACGUGCUACGACGAACAAGCAAGAAAUGGAAACAAAUGAAUUGAUGUUACAUUUAUCGAGAAUAGUAUUGACCUCUCAUGGCCUAUCAAAAAUUGGAACUGUUCGACCUAUUAUAUUUUUGGCAAUUGAAUUUUACGAUUUUGAAUUGCAAACAACGCCAAUGUUAAAUGGGCCUGAAAUACAAUUGGAUUUUUCAACAAUCUAUGAUGUUAUUGUGUCAAAUUUAUUCCUUCAUUAUUUGGAAACACAUGGUAUAACAGUAGAAAUGUAUCAUCCACGUGGUGCCGAUUAUGUACUUUGUUCAGUUGGUAUUAUUUCAUUGAAAUAUUUGACUAACGCUACUGAAUCAUAUCGUGGUAUACUUCAAAUGAGAUCAUCACUUGAUGGUUGUUUAUUUGCAACAAUAGAGUAUGAUAUUACUAUAAAUACUAAAAUGAUUAAUGCGUUAGUUUUACAAAAGAAAAAAAUAAAUGUUGUUAGUUCGGGUGCAUUAACCGAUACCGAUGAAUCUAUCAAUCGUUCCAUGUAUAAUAUGUUAAUUGUUCAUGUUCAACGUUGUAACAAUCUUGAUAAGCUUAUCAAUGAAAAUUAUGCUCCAACAACUUUGAUUUUUUAUGAAUUGUAUGAUUGUGAUGUAUGGAGAACUGAACCGGUUUCGAACAAUACUAAUCCAGAAUAUAAUUCCGUAAAAACAUGGAUUUUACCAGUUGGAAUCGAUUUAUACAAUGUUUUACGUUCAUCGCAUUUAACAAUAACUGUGUUGGAGAAACAAAUACGUAGUGGUGACGAACGUCAGAUUGGUUACGUUAAUAUUGCGCUUUACCCACUUGUUCAUAACAAUGAGAUUUCAGGAACAUUUCCACUUCAUUCGGCGAUAAAAGAUGUACCAACAGAAGCAUCAAUUGAUAUUUCAAUACGAUGGAAAUUUCCAUAUCAUCCUCCUGAAUCGGAAUUGAAAUUGGCACAUACUGAUGAAGAUUUUAAACGAAGUGUCAAAACGAUUGAUAUAUUGCCUGAAGGAAAAUUAGUAAAUAAACGCAUGAAAAGCAAGGAACAGUCAUCAAUUGUAAAUGAUGAAUUUGUUAAUGUUGAAGCUGAAAAUUUCCGCUUCCACUUAGAUUUCAAGAAUGACGUUGAAAGAAUUAAACCAAAAGCUGUCGAUAUUUUGGGCGAUAUGGAAAAUGAUAAUGGUAACAAACUGGACAAUUUCAAAAAUCAAUCUGUUAAUAUGGAUGAAAUGAACAAACAGUACAAAUCAUCAAUAUUGUCACAAAAAGGACGAAAAAUUCCGCACGUUGUUGAAUUUGCAGAUCCUAUUCAGCAAUCAUUUUCAGCAAGUGUAAGUAGUACGGAUGAAACGACGAAUAGUUGGACAACUGAUGAAGGACAAAUUAUUGAAGAUGAUAUUCCAAUUAUCAGUGCUAAAUGUGGACAAUUGAAUGGGAAAUUUUCAUUCAUCAACAAUGCUAACUUUGAUAAAUUCCUACAAAACAAUGCUUACACUGUGGAAAUAAUUAUUGGAAGCCUUCGUAUUAGUGAUCUGUCAAAAUUGGUCAAUCCCUUAUACGAUGACCAAUCGAUUACCAUAGAAUGGAAAUUUUUGGAUUUUCCAUUAGAAGAAUGUGAAACAAUUGGAGAACCGUUACCACUACCGCGUGAUAUACAAACUACGGCAGAUUUUAACUUUCAAAAAUCUUAUACAUUAAAUGAUCGACAAUAUCAUUUAUUACGCCAAUGGAUCGAGCAUGGAAAUAGGAUGGAGAUAAAUUUGGUGAGUAAUGGAAGUAAUUUGAAAUCAAGUGAAGAUUUAGGCGUUGCAUAUGCUGAAUUAGGAGCGCAACAUAAUGCAGUAAAACGAUUAAUACGUUUUGUUGAUAUAAAUGAUGUUGAAGUGGCAAACAUCGAUAUAAGUAUAUCAUAUAGUAAAGAGCUAUUGGAAAAACUUCAGGAUAUUGGGAAAGGUUUGGAAGAUGAAUAA